GAGCAGGCUGCUUUUGCCGCGUAUCGGAAUUGCUUUCUGUAAACCCUCUCACUGCAUGAAGCUGAAGCUCUCAUCACAUUUCUAGGCACCUCCCUCUCCUCAAAGCCUCUCAAACGCCCAUCUCCAAUUUCUUCAAUUUACUGGGUUUUGAGGAGGGGAUCAAUGAGGAAGGGUUCGAAGAGUAAUUGCAAAUCUGCAUCACACCAACUCUUCAAGGACAAGGCAAAAAACCGGGUUGAUGAUCUCCAAGGGAUGUUCACCAAUCUUCAAUUUGCUAGGAAGGAGAGUCGAACCAGUGAUGUUGCAGUGUUGGAGGAGCAAGUGCAUCAGAUGCUUCGCGAGUGGAAAGCUGAGCUCAAUGAGCCGUCUCCAGCUUCUUCUUUGCUUGGUGGUAGUCUUGGGUCAUUUUCAGCAGAUAUUAAUCGUUUGUUGCAGCGCUGUGAGGAGGAAGAUGAUGCAACUAGUGCAUUAGUAGAACCUGCAGCAUUGAAGCCUGAGCCUGAUGUUCAAAGUCUUCAGGCAGGCAAUUCGAUGGCCUUUCAAGAGGACUAUCUCGUGAAUCAUGCAUCACAAGACCAUUGCCUUCUGGGGUUUGAUCAAUGCAAAGGCUCUGCAUUUGGGUUGCAAAAUACAGUGGCUAAUAACUUGGAGAUGACAACUCAGUCAGAUUAUAAUCAGUUUGAUAUGCAUCAAGACUUUGACCAUGAGCUUUUUAUUGGCCCCAUGGGGCUGUGUGGACAGGAUGGUGUGCCCAACAUUCCUGGCUUGUUGCCAAACAUCUGCCCUCCACCAUCUGCUUUCUUAGGGCCAAAAUGUGCACUCUGGGAUUGUCCCAGGCCUGCUCAAGGUUCUGAAUGGUGUCAGGAUUAUUGCAGUAGCUUUCAUGCGAGUCUAGCAUUAAAUGAAGGCCCCCCAGGUAUGACUCCAGUUCUGCGACCUGGGGGCAUUGGUUUGAAGGAUGGUCCUCUAUUUUCUGCACUUAGUGCAAAGACACAGGGAAAGGAUGUUGGCAUCCCUGAAUGUGAGGGGGCUGCAACUUCAAAAUCUCCAUGGAAUGCUCCUGAGUUGUUUGAUCUUUCUGUUCUUGAAGGUGAAAUAAUUAGGGAGUGGCUCUUUUUUGAUAAGCCUCGUAGAGCAUUUGAGAGUGGGAAUAGGAAGCAGAGGUCAUUGCCAGAUUACAGUGGACGUGGUUGGCAUGAAUCAAGGAAACAAGUGAUGAAGGAAUUUGGGGGAUUGAAGAGGUCUUAUUACAUGGAUCCGCAACCUCUAACCUGUUUUGAGUGGCAUCUUUAUGAAUAUGAGAUCAACCACUGUGAUGCUUGUGCAUUAUAUAGGUUGGAACUCAAGCUCGUUGAUGGAAAGAAGAGUCCCAAGGGAAAGGUGAUAAAUGAUUCACUUGCUGAUCUGCAGAAGCAGAUGGGAAGGCUUACUGCUGAGUUUCCUACUGAUGUCAAACGCUCUACUAAGGGCAGGACAAAGGUUAAUAAAAAGGUUGGUGCCAGAAAUAUUUAUUCUGCUCCUAAUCUCAUGACUCCUACAGCUGAAACUUUCAGUUAUGGGCUAAGUGGAUCAUACAAUUAUCUUCCUGAGAAUUUGACUGACUAUUAUGGUAAAUAAAUGAAGACUUCUGUGCAGUCAGAAAUAAUAAAAUUUUAUACUCAAGGGUUACAGUAGCUGUUCCCUGUAGACAGUGGUCAAGUUGCUCCAAGUUAAUGACAUGUCAUAAGCAUUCUGUUUCUUGUCUUCAAUGACUUAAGUCAACCUAUUUUUCUUUCUGUCAUGUGGGGCCGUCACUAGUAAUUUAUUUUCAUCUGGAGGUGCUACAUUUACAGUUUCCUUCUGGAUGCUGGCCAUCACUCUAAUUCUGAUAGGUAAUCAACAUACGGUAUAAGUGGCUCUUGACUGUAUCUACUUAUUUCAGUUUCUUAACAAUGGUGAUAAAAGCCAAUGCUAAUGGUAAUCACCACAAUUGUAUAGGGUGAGGAUGCAGAUGUUGCUCUAGUUGCUUCCUCUGUGCAUAUAGCUAGCAGGGUUAUUUAUGCUGAUGCUUAUAUACAUUCCAAUGGAAAAGAGAGUUUUCCCAUAGUA